GCCCGCGUAAGCACAAGGAAAACAUCUCCGAAUCAUCUCCACCCCGUCCACUUGUCCUCUUCCCACUCUCCCUUCUCGACACUAUACCCCCUCCCCAAAGCAAAAUGGGGACAGAGAUAGCCUCAGCAGUGGCCGAGAGCGCCGCGAGCGAGUGGGCCGCGAUCCUCAGCCUCGUGUUUGGCGGGUGCUGCUCCGCCAGCAACGUGUGGGCCUUGGAAGCCGUGCUCAAGAGCUACCCCGCGAGCGGCACCUUCCUCACGUUCGCCCAGUUCCUCUAUGUCGCCGUCCAGACCUUCUCGUCCCAGUUCUACUUUCCCCCGGGGGCGCGCUUCCCCCGCUGGAGGAAGAACGAGGUGCCAAUACGCCGCUGGAUGGUCCAGGUAGUCCUCUUCUUCGGCGUCAGCUUGAUGAACAACUAUGCGUUCGGCCUCAAGAUCCCAGUCACGGUGCACAUCAUCUUCCGGAGCGGAGGCCUCUGCGUCUCGAUGCUCACGGGCUACUUUAUCGGCGGGAAACGCUACUCUGCUGGCCAGAUUGCCGCCGGCGUCAUCAUCACCUUGGGAAUCAUCCUCGCCACCAUCUCGGCACCCAAGCCGCCCCGGCCCACACCAACGCCGACAGCCACGACGACCGACGUCAAGCCCGACCUCCUGCCCGACAACGUGCAGUACGCGCUUGGUAUCGGCCUACUCUCGCUCGCGCUCUUCCUCUCGGCCUGGCUUGGGCUGUGGCAGGAGAAGACGUACAAAAUGUACGGCAACAAGUGGCGCGAGGCGCUGUUCUACUGCCACUUCCUCUCUCUGCCCUUCUUCAUUCCCAUGUACCCCACCCUCUCCAAGACGUUCAACGCGUACCGCGCCUCGCCGCCCAUCACGCUUCUCACCCUCCCCAUUCCCUCGCCCGAGCUCGCCCUAUUCUCGCCCAUCGACGACGCCAAGCGCGAGUUGAUACGAUGGCGCGAGCUGUCCGUGCCGAAUGCGUUCCUCGCGCUCGCGGUCAAUGUCGUCACGCAAGGACUGUGUAUUCGCGGCGUCAACCGUCUCACCUCGCGCGUAUCAUCGACCACGGUCAACCUCAUCCUCACCCUCCGCAAGGCCGCGUCCCUCGCCAUCUCAGUCUGGUACUAUGGCAGCGGGGCAUCGACUGGCCUCGUUGUCGGCGGCGCCAUGGUCCUCGGCGGGACCAUGAUCUACUCCAUGUCCUCCCCGCCGUCGGUUCCCAAGGACAAGGCGGUCAACGGAGACGACAAGGUGAAAGGCGUAGAAGCCAAGGAGGAGAAGGAGGCCAAUGGCGCCACCAUCUCGGCUGCCACCUCCACCGCUGUCGAGCCUGCCGCCAACGGCACCGCGCUCCGGCAACGAUAGACUUAUCUACUGUAGAGCA